AUUUGUUAAAAGCAGUUAAAAAUAUGGUUAUAUUUUGAUCAUGUAAUUGAGAACGUAGAAAUCUUCAAUGGCAUCUUUUCGGACUAAGUUCCAAAUUUUUGGUCUACUCAUAUCAAACAAGAAUAAAUAUAACUUUUUCUUACGGCAACAACCGUGGCAUUGCGCCAGGCCUGUCUUGCGCUUUAAGAAAAAUUUUGACGAGGAUCGUUACAAUGAUAAAGAAUUGCCAUUAGUUAAAGUACUGCCGAAAGGUUCCGAACGUUAUGGAAAGAAAAAGAAAAUGCGCUUUCUAAAUUUCCGAAGAAUAUUACCGACAAAGACAGAGGAGCGGUCAAUAAUUAAUCGCAAGACGCAAACACUCUUGAAACGGAAGUUGACGUUUUGGGAAUACGUGUUUGGUCCCAAAAAAUCCUUGGAUUUUUAUUGGCCGAUUCAGAAAAAAAUGCAUCAUAAGGAGAAUUCGCAUAAUCAGGUGAUAAAAGAAUCAGGUGACGAGAACGUAGUGAUCAACACUGAACAAGUUAUUAAAUCUUCGACAAAUCCGAGGAACUUGGAGCCGCAAUCGUCACCGAUAUACAAAGUUCCUACAUCCGUAUUGUUGAACAGGAUGAUAAUAGAUAAUAGUCUCUACGAGAAGAAUAAUAACCAGGAUAAAACGAUAACGUUCGCAACGACCAGAAGAUCGCACGAUGAGAUGAAGCAGCCUUCGAAUUUCCAAAAAAUCAUCGAACUUCAGACGGACGCCAAAUCGGAAAAUAUUAAGGAACCGGUGCCUCAAAUGUCGACACAGAUAAGUGCGAUCAAAGCUCGCGAUCCUCUGACAAAAAUGCCGAAUAAAGCAAUAAAACAAAAAAAACCAGGAAGGCACUCGAGAAUUGAACAAUUAGAAAUUUUAGUGAACGAAAAAAAGGCCGAGCUUAAACGCGCGUCACCAAUAAAUCUAGACUCUGAAAAUUCCAAUAAAUAA